CACGUGUGUGAGUGGGAAAAAGUGUUAUGUCAGUGAAAACUUAGCAGUGAAUAUGCGACACCGCAAAACUCACGCUGCUCGUAAGCGAAUUUGACAAGAUUAUCGCGGAUCGGUUUAUAUAGAUUUUUUUUUCUUAUCGGUAAAAAAGUGUAGGAUAAGAUAUCGAGCCAUCCAAAAUAUGUCUUUUUUCAAUAGACAGAGAAACGGGAAAGGUACGGCAACCGAAGCGCAGUACCAGAACCAACCUGAUCAUAAUUAUCAGGCCCAUAAGAACGUUAACGGCGUGAAUUCGGUUAAAGAAAUGUCGACAGGACACGUUAAACAACAGCAACAGCUCGUAUUUCAUUGCCAGCAAGCCCACGGCAGCCCCACCGGGCUUAUUUCUGGAUUUUCUAAUGUCAGGGAGUUGUAUCAAAAAAUUGCCGACUGCUAUGAUUUUCCCGUCGAGGAUAUAUUGUUCUGCACGCUGAACACGCACAAAGUGGAUAUGCUUAAGUUGCUAGGCAGUCAAAUCGGCUUAAACGACUUCAUAUUUGCACAUAGGAAAGGGCGACCUAAAGAAAUAGAGAUUAUAAAACACGAAGAUGCUCUCGGUCUCACGAUUACGGACAAUGGAGCUGGCUACGCCUUCAUCAAACGGAUUAAGGAAGGUUCGAUUAUAGAUUCUGUUGGGCACAUACAAGUUGGUGAUCAUAUUGAAAAAUUAAACGGAGAAAAUGUUGUUGGCCGUCGCCACUUUGAGGUGGCGCGCCUUCUGAAGGAGAUACCACGUGGUGCUACGUUUACGAUUCGCCUAGUAGAACCUCUACGUAACGGUUUUGGUAGCAUAGGGCCAAGGGGCGACCCACGGCUUUCUAAAGGGAAGAAACCAGGAUAUGGUACGGGAAAAGAAACACUUCGGUUCAAGGCGAACGGGAACGUGGCCAUAGAAGAUGAGCAUGAUGAAAAAGUUCAACUAGGAAUAGAUCGUAUCAACACACUAUUGGAUUCGUUUAUGGGUGUCAGUGAUGUUGAAUUGGCGACACAAAUUUGGGAACACGCCGUAGGAAAAAGUAAUUCGAUGGACUUUGCAGAGGCAAUCGAUUCAUCCGACUUAGAAGCAUUUGGAUUUACAGAUGACUUUAUAAUAGAAUUAUGGGGAGCUGUGACAGAUGUACGCGCCGGACGCGUCAAAUAAACUAAAUUACAUUUAAUUUACUAAUAAACAUUUGAUCAUUAUUUUAAUGUCAAUAAUGUGCAUUUUACAUCUAAUAAUUUGAAAUCAUUAAUGGUCAUAAAUCUUCGAAAAGUUGAUGGCACUUCAUGCUUCAAAUCGCCAACGACAUAACAAGCUCAAGAUGCAAUAUUAAACUAUGUUGUAAACAUAAAAUAUAUUAUUGAAAUUUUAUAAAGAGGACUUUUAUAAUCGCUCAAAGUUUGACUUAAUAUAAUAUAAAUUAUUUCUCUUUAAUAUAUUUUUAUAUUUUAAAGAAAAUGUAUGUACAUAAAAUAACUUGUAAGAUGCUUUUAUAAAUCUAAUAAUAUAACAAUAUUUU